AUGCUUUCUCUUCUUAGAAGGAAGUUCCACUCCCAGCGUACCAUCACCAUCCAUCGAUCGGCCAAAACGAGGAUUCGAACACGGCCCCUUAGCUCCGGCAUUCCCCCUAGCUGCAUGUCUUCGGGCGUUCUUGCUGAGAUCAAAUGGGCAAACUACUCACUUGGCCUGCCUUCAGUCAGACCUGAAAGACUACGAAUUCAGAUGAGAAAGAGAAAGACUCGCUGCCCUGGCCGGGUAUUUGAAUUCAGCUUGCUGCCCAAGCCUCUCUUUUCCACGCCAACACCGUCCCCGUCCUCAGACACCAGAGAUUCCAAUCCGAGAUACAAGCUUUAG